AUGUCUAUAGCCGAAUUCUUGGAUGGCUUUCCAUCCUAUGACAAACGCAAUUUUAGCAGUUUCACUAAAAAAAGUUGUGGAAAUAAGUCUUCAUCAGUUUACAUAACAACAAAAGAUAUACCUUCCGAACAAACUAUUGCUAAUGGCAAUCCACUUGAGUUACUCCAGAGUUUACACAAAAAAUGGGAUGUAAAGAAUUUAUCUAAAAAAAGGGCUUUGGUUGAAACAGAUGAAGAACCCUCAACAUCUAGAAAACGCCCAAGAGUUAUAUAA